AUGGUUCAGAACGGAGGUGACUUCGACCUCGACAUCGACAUGGCUACCAACGAGUUAGACCAGAGAGACAAGGCUGCUCAAGCUCGAAUCAAGGAACUCGAGAACCGCGAAAAGUACUCGCAGAAGUUGGUUAACGAGGCCUAUACCAAAAUCGAGGCACUUGAGGGCGCUAAAGCGAAGCGUAUCAAGAUCGAACUACCUAGCAAAUACGGAGGAACUAAGGAGGAUCUUGCAGGAUUCCUGACAAACCUCCGAUCCUACUUCUAG